AUGGCACAAGAAUCUAAACCCGCUGGCGAUACCAAGGAUUCUUCUACAGGCCUCGUUGAGGCCAUAAUUAAAAAAGAAAAAUUCGAUCCAGAAGUGGAAAAAAAGAUACAGGAACUUAAGGUGGGCAAGAAAUCAACAGCGGGGCAGACAGAUGAGAAGAAAUUAAAGAAGAGUGGCGAUGAAAGUCAAAGUUCUGAAGAUGAAGAAGAGGAUAGUUCGGGUGAGGAUACUGAUGCUGACGACGACGAGGAGGAGGAUGAAAAGAAAAACAUUGAACCGGUAAAGAGUUCUAAUGAGAUAUUGGAAGAACUCUUUAAGGUGUUCAAUGCCAAGCCACCCGAAGAAUUGCUGGACGAUAAAAAUUUAAUUGAAAAAACACUGAAACGUAAAAAGGACAAGAAAAAGAAACAUAAACGGAGUAAAUCUGGUGAUGAUCACAGCGACUCCGAAAGUGAUGCAAAAGAAGAGGGGGAGGAGGGCCGCAGCAGCCCAUCUGGCGACAAGAAGAAACACAAAAAGAAAAAGAAACAUAAACACAAGCAUAAAGAUGGUGAGAAAUCGAAAUCCAAGAAGAAGAGUAAGGAUGCGGAUAAGGAAAAGAUUAGAAUUAAAGAAGAAGACAAAUUGACGACGUCGGGGGAUAGGAAGAAAAGUAAGGAUAGGGAUAAACACAAUGGUGAUAAGUUGAAAGACACCUCUAACAAACACCACUCACAUCACAGCACUGAUGAUAAGCAUCAUCGAAGAGAUUCAUUGGAAAAGCGAACCUCCUCUUCUUCCGCCGCGGAUCACAAGAGACAUCAUGACAAAGAUCAUCAUGAGGAUUCUCAUAAACGUCGUAAGACUGAUGAUAAGGUUAAUCCAUUCUAUAGCAGCAGUUCCAAAGAUCUUAAACAUUAUGACAAGGAUAAGUCUGAAACGAUUAAAAUUAAAACUGAACCGGUGGACAAAGGGACGAGUAGCAGUUCCAAACGCCACGAGGAUGGUGAAAUAUCAGAAAUUUCAUUAUCCGAUGAGGAGGACUACUUGGAAGAGAGACGGGAUAACAAAUAUAAAAGUCACAAUAGUUUUUAUGCUGGGGCAAAACGCAGUCGAAGCCGGGAUAACGAACGCCACUACACCAAAGAACGAUUUCGUGAUAGAACAGGAAGAGAAGGAGAUCGUGAUGGUGGUGGCAGCUAUCGUCGUGGCGGUAGAAAUUAUUCCCAUCGUUCCAGAUCUCGAUCACGUUCCCGUGAUCUGGGCAUCGAUAAGAAACGCCUCCUGGAAAUUGCCCGUAAAAAUGCCAUUAGCAUGUUUAAACGUGGUAAUUUACCCGGCUGUGCUAAUAUGACGGAAGACGUCAAGGAUAAGGUGCUACUGAAAAUGCGUUAUGGCGGACGUACUGUCGAAGAUUUAACAGAAUUUUGUAAGAAAAUAUCCAACGGAGAACAUCUUUCCGAGUUGAGUUCUGAUGAGGGCUCAGAUAUUGAUAAGUCGGGUAAUGCCAAGGCCUUCCAUCAUCCGUUCCAAAUAAAGGAACGUGAACCGAUUGUAAUGCAUAUACGUAACUCGAAACCGAUUGUGCCAGCACCAGCUAAGACCGAAGAACAGACGAAGACAAUUACAAUGCAAUUUCCGGUAUCUUCGGGGCAACAACAUCGUAUGACCGAGGCCUGGAUACCGGUGGAACCGAAGGAAAAACUACCACCACUGCCAGUACUGCCGGCAGCAACACAAUCCACAUCGAUAUUUAAAAGUUCGGUGGCGAAGAAUGCCCUGGGAAAACCGCUGCCCAAGGAAAGUGAGCAAGAGCCCGCCUUUAAGCCAGUGGACAAUACAGGUGCAGCAACAAAUGUAACAACAACGCAGAGCACCUCCACCACCAGCCCUGAAAUGCCACCAGCUGUUACAACUGUGCCAACCAGUAUUGUUCCUGCUCCCCAAAAUGUAGCGUGUAUACCGCCACCAGUACCACCUCCCUAUUUCUAUGGUCAACCACCACAACAAACUAUGCAUGGUGGUAUGCCAGUGCCGCCAACACUUCCAGUACCCCCGCCAGGGAUGCCUGCGAUACCACCACAAAUGUUGACACAACCUGCGCCAACUAGUUUUACCCCCGAUGUGCCUGUUCCCUCCUCAACCUCCAACCCAGCCUCAAUUUCAGUUUUUCCUGAGCCUCCAUCCCAGCCAAUGGAUGUUUCGGCAAUUAUUUCUAAAAGGCUAAAUGCCAUGCGGCGGUUACAGGAAAAUCCCAUGGAUUCCGAGGCCAUAAAGAUGAUGUAUAAUUCCCAAAAAGAAAUGACCACAUGGGCUGCAUCCAAACAUUUGCCAGGGCAAUUUACUGGCAGCACCGGUGUCAAUGUUCUCAAACCCAAUCAAUUACACUCGGGACCCCAGCAUUGGGCCAGACGUGAUCAAUUGACCUCCACCAAACCGGUAACCGGUGGCAUGGGCAUGCAUCUGUUGCAAAAAAUGGGUUGGAAACCUGGUGAGGGUCUGGGUCGAGAAAAGAAUGGCUCACUCCAACCUUUACUACUCGAUGUUAAAUUAGAUAAACGUGGCCUCGUAGCCCAAGAAGAUAUACGGCCAACGAAAUCCAAAAAAGGUGGUGGAGGUGGUGUUGUUCAACGUAAUAAUGGUCCCGCCGCCGCCAAUCAACGACUUCCUGAAAAUCCCCAAAACAAACAUCCCGUUUGUUUGCUAAAUGAAAUUACGACGAAAAACAAAUGGACACCACCACUCUAUACUGUGGUCCAGGAAAGUGGCCCACCACACAGUCGUAUGUUUUUAUUCUCGGUACAGGUUAAUGAUAAAACCUUUACACCAUCGAAACUUUGCAAUAACAAGAAAGAAGCCAAAUUUCAGGCAGCUAAAUUAUGUCUGCAAGAAAUGGGUAUUUUGCCACCAGAUUAA